AGUUUCAUAUUUUCUUCUCUUCCGUUCUUCUCUCCCGUUCUUCUCUGUCUCUCCUAUUGACAAAACGCCGGAUCGUUCUCACUCCCCCCCGGACACCUCCUCGCCGAAUUGCCAUCGCCGUUUACUUCUUCUCCGAAAAUUGCGUCUUCGCCGAACAAUCGAGCUACAUCUCCCGUUCUUCUCUCUGUCAUUGACAAAAUGUUGUCGUAGAUUCACAGAUCCGGCGUCAUCGAUUGCCUUCGUGCCAACAGGUGCUCGAUACAAAUACAGUUUCCUUUGCUGCCUUUUCAGCUGGUCUUUGUUGGUUCUCAUUUCUGAAUAAGUCAAGAUGGUUGUUCUUGCCGCUUCUAUUGUAAGCAAGUCUGGUAAAGUGCUUGUUUCGAGGCAGUUUGUGGAUAUGACUCGUAUAAGAAUUGAAGGUCUUCUUGCAGCUUUUCCCAAGUUGGUAGGAACUGGGAAGCAGCACACAUAUGUUGAGACAGAGAAUGUGCGCUAUGUUUACCAGCCAAUAGAAGCUCUGUACUUGCUACUUGUGACAAACAAACAAAGCAACAUCCUUGAAGAUUUGGAGACUUUGAGGCUGCUCUCUAAGCUUGUACCUGAAUAUGCCUAUUCUCUAGAUGAAGAGGGAAUUUGCAAGACAGCUUUUGAGCUGAUUUUUGCUUUUGAUGAAGUCAUCUCCCUUGGGCACAAGGAAAAUGUAACUGUUGCACAGGUUAAACAGUAUUGUGAGAUGGAGAGUCAUGAAGAGAAAUUGCACAAGCUGGUAUUGCAGAGCAAGAUCAAUGAAACCAAGGAUAUUAUGAAGCGCAAAGCUAGUGAGAUUGACAAAAGCAAGAUUGAAAGGGGGAGAGGGGAUAAAGGAGGGUUUAUUUCUUUACAGUCAAUGGGCUCUGGAAGAAUUGAGAGUAGCUUUGGUGAUAUGAACAUAUCUAGUGGUGGCGGAGGUGGUUUUGGAAGUGGUUCCGGCUUUGGAUUGAGCACUGAUAUUGAAUCCUUUUCUACCAAGUCCAAAGGUCGUCCACCUUCAUCUGCCACUGCUCCUCCAAAAGGUCUUGGCAUGCAGCUUGGUAAAUCUCAAAAGACAAACCAGUUCAUAGAAUCCUUGAAGGCAGAAGGGGAAGUAAUUCUUGAGGACGUGCAGCCAAAGACAGGCCAGUCCAGAUCAGCUGCUCCACCACUAACUGAUCCCAUCACUUUGACUGUUGAGGAGAAACUCAAUGUGACACUGAAACGAGAUGGUGGAGUUAGUAACUUUGAUGUUCAAGGAACAUUGUCACUUCAAAUUCUUAAUGAAGAAGAUGGGCAUAUCCAAGUUCAGAUUGAAACCGGUGGGAAUCCAGGUAUCCUUUUCAAGACGCACCCUAAUAUGAACAAAGAGUUAUUUUCCAACGAGAAUAUUCUAGGCCUUAAGGACCCAAAUAGGCCUUUCCCAACCGGUCAGGGUGGUGAUGCAACAGGUGUUGGUCUGUUGAAGUGGAGAAUGCAAAGUACAGAUGAGUCAGUGGUGCCAUUGACAAUCAACUGCUGGCCCUCUGUUUCUGGAAAUGAAACUUAUGUCAGCAUUGAAUAUGAAGCUUCAUCAAUGUUUGAUCUACGGAAUGUUGUGAUCUCAGUACCUCUUCCAGCUCUUCGAGAGGCACCAAAUGUUAGGCAGAUUGAUGGAGAAUGGAGGUAUGACUCGAGGAAUUCUGUGUUGGAGUGGUCCAUUCUUCUUAUUGAUAACUCAAACCGAAGUGGAUCCAUGGAGUUUGUUGUUCCUCCAACAGAUUCAUCUAUAUUCUUCCCGAUUUCUGUGCGGUUCUCAGCCACUAACACAUUCAGUGAUCUAAAGGUUAUAAAUGUGAUACCUCUGAAGGGCGGAGUCCCGCCGAAGCAUGCCCAGAGAACACAGUUAAUCACAGAGAAUUACCAAGUGGUGUGAGUGGAGAUACUUCUUGCAAUAACUGCAUUUGCCCCACUUGGCAACCCAUAUUUCUGCUUGUCUUUGGAUUCUUGUACAUCAGGCUGGAUUCUAGCAAUCGCAUUUCUGUUGUGAUUUCAGCCUAAGGAUCUCUGUAGAGCUUGGAUUUUACUUGUGAUUUUUCUCAUUUUGGGAUUUUGUAUGUCUAGCCUGGCCCAUAUGCUGCCAGUACAAUUGAACCAACUUAAAAUCCAAAGAGAUUUGUUUUGUUUA